CGAUAAAUUGGGAAGGUUUAUAAACCAAAACCCAGAAUAGAGGCUUCGAGUUUCCUCUCUAUCUCUUUCGUAGCGGCAAUGAGUGUAGCAGCGGCUUCAGCUCCGUCGCGAGCGGAGGUCCUCCAUCUCUACCGCUCCUUCCUCCGCGUCGCUCGAAAAUUCCCAGACUACAACAUCCGAGAGUACACCAAACGCAGGGCCGUUGACGCCUUUCACCACAACCGAAACCUCUCAGACCCGUCGGCGAUUUCCUCCGCCUUUUCCGACGGCAAGGCUCAGCUCGAGGUCGCCACUCGCCAGGCGGUGGUUUACUCUCUCUACGCGCCCAAGCUCAAGAGCGUGAUGGAGGCUCAGAUUCCCAUCCACAGGUCGGAGUGCACUGAUUGAUGGACGACUUUAAGAAAAUUUGUAAUGCUGAGUUUAUUGGAAGUCUUGGGGGUUGAAACUUCUAGGCUAUGCCUUUAGUAUAAGUUUUGAGUUGAAGAUGUAAUUAGUUAUGAACUUUGAGUAUGUUUGAUCAAUAAUUAAUUUCAUUCUUCAAUGACAAAUAAUUUUUAACAUUUUUAUAA